UAAAAGUCGAACGCAAAUCAGAUUUUCCUCUCCGCCUGCACUAAUGUAGACAUUUUGAAGUAGGGAUUAGCGGUCAGUUGACUUAAAUGUCUUUCCCUGUGCGUUUUUCUUUUCUUUUGUCGUCAUAAAAUCCCCCUCAAGUCACCACCGUUCGUAGCAACAUCUCUUUUUGCUCUGGUUAUGUUUCCUUCUCACUCGUUUCCGCUCUCGGUUUUUGGCUUAAAGCGCUGGAAGGUGUGGCCUGGAUGCGCCAUCCAUUGUGCGCCUUAAUGCCAAACAGUAAACUGUGAAGAGAAGCGUCUCUGCGGCUGGUUAGUGCACAUUUGUUUUUUUUUCUUCUUCUUCUUUAUUUCUUUCUUCCUUUCCUUUUUUUAAAAAAACUGUUAAUCUAUCGACAAAAAAACUUUACAGGCUCGUCAAAAGAUUUCUUUCUUCAUUAUUAUUAUUUCCACCUGUGGCUUUUCUAAUCGUCGCCCUCAGCGGAAUAAUAAUAAUAAUAAUAAUAAUAAUAAUAAUAAUAAAAAAGAAGCUGUGCAGAUCUGAGCUCCGCGCGUCUCUCGUACAGAACUCUGAUUGAAGUUUAAGGAGGAGGGAAAAAACAACAGGAAAAGGAAGAACUAACCGAGAAAGGAUCGACUCUUGGUUUUUGGCAGCAGCCAGCGAUUUCUCCACUGGGCAUCAACGCGCCUCGCGUUGCGUGCGUAAACCGCUGGUGGUGGAGGAUGCUCACAGCAUGAGACGCCAUGGCAUGGUGUGACCGAGGGGUUCAGACUCUGUUGGCCAUCGCGGGGGCCUUCGCCGCUUUCAGCCUGAUGACCAUCGCCAUCGGCACCGACUACUGGCUCUACUCCCGGGCGUACAUCUGCAACGCCACCAAUGUCACCGCUGACGACACCCAGAUGCAAACCAAGAAAGUGAAAGGGGACCUGACGCACUCCGGACUGUGGAGGAUCUGCUGUAUCGAAGGUAUCAACAGGGGAAGCUGCUUUUGGAUCAAUCACUUUCCGGAGGAUAACGACUACGAUACAGACAGCUCAGAGUACAUCUUACGUAUAGUUCGCGCAUCGAGCCUCUUUCCGAUUCUCAGCACAGUCCUCCUGAUGCUGGGUGGCCUGUGUGUCGGAGUUGGACGUUUAUACACCAGGAAGAACAACGUCUUGCUCAGCGCAGGCAUCCUGUUUGUGGCUGCAGGCCUCAGCAACAUCAUCGGCAUCAUUGUUUACAUCUCCAGCAACGCCGGGGACCCCAGCGACAAGAAAGACGAGGACAAGAAGAACCAAUACAACUACGGCUGGUCCUUUUACUUCGGCGCCCUCUCCUUCAUCGUGGCGGAGUCGGUGGGCGUACUCGCCGUCAACAUCUACAUCGAGAAAAGCAAGGAGACGCGAUUCCGGGGCAAGCGGGACUUCAUCAGAGCCACCUCGUCCUCUUCGCCGUACUCCCGCAUACCGAGCUACCGCUACAGACGGAGGCGUUCGCGCUCCAGUUCCAGAUCGACCGACCCGUCCCGCGAAGCUUCCCCCGUGGGAAUGAAGAUGGGCGGCGGGUCUGGAGGCGUGGGGCUGGGGAUGGGUCUGCCCAUGGGGGAUAUAUCCAUGUACACUCUGAGCAGGGACCCUCUGAAGGGCGGAAGUGGGCCCACAGGGCUGUACAGUCCCGAGAGGAAUACCGGGUUUUUACAAGUGCACAACUGUUUCCAGAAGGAUGUGAAAAACGGGGCGAACCGGAGGACGACCCCCGUAUGAGGCCUGGAUCUCGUUACUGGGUUGAGCGGUGCGCUUUAUCAAAUGUUGCGCCGCUGAUGAGAAACAACAGUUUGUCAUGCGACACAUCACAAAGUGUGUGAGAGUAUGAUUUUAUUAUAUGACUACGUAAAAGAAGUGGGACAGUUUGCAUCCCAAGAACAGAAUUAAGUUUACAAAACUACAUGAGCUUCUCUAGCAUCAUAUUUAAAGGGGCAGUAUUAUGCAUUUUCCAGGCACAUAGAGCCUGGAAACAUGAAACAUGACUUUAAAGAAAUUUAACUUUCUUACUAAUUACUAGUUUAACACCUUGAAAUUGGGCGUCUGUCUCUUUAAAAACUUCAGCUUUUUCUGAAACUCCACCUUCAGGAAGUCAUUACAAUGUUGCUCCUCUUUUAACCCCUUUAGAACGUUUUUAACCACCAUUUCACAGACAAAUGACUCCUAUAAUGAGGACAGCUAAUUGCUACUGGCUAGUCUGAAGGGGCAGGUCUGCUCUGUGAGGCAGAAGCUGAGAAACCGCAGCUCCGAGGAGGAGGCUGGGUCUAUCCAGGCGUUUUGAACAGCUGAAUGGUUGCCACGGGAGAUUAAAGGAUUUCUCAAAUGUGCAUGAAAAAAAUAAAUCAAGAGAGUAAUCCUGGUAUUUAACAUACUAACAUUAUAACAUGAUAAAAAGCUCAAAAACAUUUUGAUUUUACUUAAUACCGCCCCUUUAAAUAGUGGCCGCAGGCAGAUGUAGCAUUGUUUCAUGAAAGUCAUGUUAAAAUAUUUUAACUACUUGGAAAGACGAAGCUCAGAGAAUGUUCUCUGACGGCGAUUGAUUCAUGGGAAAAAAGAGCAACUUUUACAGGCUUAAUUCUGGUUUUGAUUUCAGUUCAAAGCAUCAAAAUAUUUUUUGUGUUUUUCUUGUGAAAUACUGUUUUGAAAAUUAACCGCUUUCACUGUUUUGAUGUAAUAUUGUUUUUGUCUCCAGUAUUUGGUUUGCUCAUAUUAUGUGACCUCUAUCAAAGACGUCUUAUGCUGAAAUUUAGCAGAGUUUCAAAUUUAGGUUGUAGUUUCAAAAACACAGACGGUGCUAACUUGUUUUCUUAGCUCUACGACUUAAACGCUUUCACCGUAUCUCAUUAAUCUUUUAUGGCGCUUGAGCAGAAGUCAUGUGUGUGCGUUGUAAGUGUGUGGGAGUAUGUGCUUGUAUGUUUAGUGGCUCCGAACGCAGCAUAACUAAAUGAAACUAUGAAUUUGUGUAAAAUAAAUGUGAAUGAAAAUGCUCGCAGUAGUGACGUACAUUCCAACACGCUGCGCAGGCUUCUGGCGUAAAUGUUGUUUACGGAGGCCUGCCUGUGUAAUUUGCUCUCAAUGCGCUCAGGGACGAUGCGUGGAACAAACGAGUUCCUUACUUAAGCCAGACAGACUGUUACAAUUGGUUUGUGUAAAAACAACAAAAAUAAAAUAAGGUCAUACUUUUAGGGACGUUAACAAAUGAGAAGAUAUUUUUGGCAUUUUUUUCCCAGUGUUUAAAGGAAACCAAUGUCUUGCGUGCAGUUGAUUGUGGAGAUUUAAGCUAAUAAUGGCUAUUUAGAGCAGAAUCUAUUCAAGAGCAAAUCUCUCCCCCAAAGACAUUUCCUAGCUACUUUAGAGAAUGUGAUAAUUAUUGUUUAUAUUGUAAAGACGGUUUUCCAACAAGACAAAUCCAGUUGUUUCCAUGUGUGGCUCUGAAGCUCCACACAACUCGGUACGCUAUUGGUGAUUUAUUCAUCAGGUUAGCUGCACUCUUUAUUUUGUUACCCAAUACAGACAGCUAGGAAACAAAAGCAACAUGCUAUUUUCUAGGUAGAUUGUGGAAGAUUUUUAUGAAUUUGAUGGUACAAAAAAUAUAUAUAGCGCAAAGAGAGAUGUGCAAGCACAUCUGGCUUAUCAGUUGCGGGAUACAUUUGGCAAUCGCCAUGCACGUGAAUAAAUCUGUGUUUUGGCUAAGAAGAUGGUGCCAAAUUAUCUAGCCAUCCUAUUUAAAUUAAAAACGUACAAAUACAGCAAAUUUACACAGAAAAAGCUGCAUUGUCAGUUUUCUGGUUUAGCAAAUUUUGAUGCUUAAUUUUUUAGAUUUAAAACUGUUUUUUUUUUUUUUUUUUGUAUGGAGCUAGAGCAUGGCGCUGAAAACUGAAAUGUCAGAGUGAAUUUUGAUAAACAUUGCUUUUUUCCUUAUUCAAAACUUUGAAUUGUUGCACUGUCAAAAUUGGAACGUUUUUUUUUCUAAAAUGGGUUGUAGUUUCAAAAACCUCCAUUUCCAGAAAUGUUUUCAUCAACACAGAAUCACUGAGGGCAGCCCAAAUUGCUAUCCUUACUCCCCCAGACCUGUAGGUGGCGCCAAACAUGUAGUCUGGGACAUGUUCAUAGGUUAGAGCUAAACAUAAUAAGAAAGCAAGAAUAGCAAGCACCAAACCACAAGGAGUAUUAAUCUUGAAGUUGGUUAAUGAACAGAUGCAGCACAAAUAUUUACCCCACCAUUGUUGUCGUUAUGUAAGACAUGCAUGGCUAGUUUGGUGUUUGAGGUUAAGCUAAUAAGGGUUUUCACAAAAGGGGCGUUUCGUUGUCCGUGGGAUUGUGGGUGGGCAAAAUUUUUCCAUUCUUUAGCCCCUUUUCAAAAGGAAAAAAAAACAUAUGUAGUCCCUUAAAGCAGUUUUUAGGAUACUGUGCUAAUGCUAACUGGUAUUAAUUAAAAAGCACAGGCACGUGUUAAUAUAUGGAGUUGAUUUAUUUAUUCAUGCCUAAGGUUCUGAUUACUAAAAAGACGAAACAAAACUGAAAAAUAAUUUAACUACCCCUUUAUUUAGUCUUUUUUGUUAAAUCUGAUAUGCAGUGAAAAAGAAAAUUCUUAGGAAUUACCCACAAUUUUAGCACUGAGUUACCACUUACCUCACAAUAAUUCAUUUCAAUUUAGUUUGGGUAGUUUUUUGUUUUUGCUUUUUACAAAUUUUCUCAUUUGUAGACGACAGAAUAUUAAUUUGACAUGACUGAAUUCAAUCGAUGAAACAGAAUUGGAAAAACAAUUACCACCAAAACAAACAAACAAACAAAAAACAUUAAUUUGCUUUGCUGAAACAUAUUUCUGCAAAUUUCCAUUACCUUUAGUGGGAGCUGUCUGGAAAUUUUCUUCUGGCAUUUUCUUAAAAUCACUAGAGAUGAACCAUUUUCCACCCUAAGCAACAUGAAAUGUCUCUGAAUUCACUCUGGGUGUCACAAAAUUAGCACCGGGAAAGAUGAAAAUUACACAAAGUGUUAAAUUGGUCCUUUGACCAGUGAGGGUUAGAUAUAAACUUGUUCAAAGUGCUUGGAAAUCUUCGAGGUUUCUGAUAAAAUCUGUUCUUCUUUAGACCCUGUUCCAAAUAGCCAUUAUCUUGAAUCCCAAAUGAGAAUGACAUGCCAGGAUAACGCUGAUACGCCACACAACGUCACUUUACCAAAACAAUCCGUCCCUUUAGCUGGGUUACUUUCUGCAGUCACUGCCUUUUGUGUAAAGAGAGGUUUUGUACGGUAGCAGUUUUCUAUCAUGUCACAGUGAGACGACCGACCGACGUUCAUGGCGUCGAUUUUGAAGAGGUUGAGCAAAAGAACCAUCAAUAAAUUUUGUUGUGUCA